AUCCCCGUCCUUCACCUCAGCCCAUCGUAUUUCGCGAGCAAUGCACACGACUUGGUCUACAGUCGGGCCCCAAGUAGUAUACCGAUGCUCCCCAAUGGAGCGGUUUGGCCCAGGCAGAGCAAGUAGUUGGACAAUACUUGGUACGAACCUUGCGUUCUCGAUUAGGGCAUUCAUAGAGCUUCCGUAGAGCCCAUCGUUGCGAUAUUAACAUAUUCAAAUCCUUCGAUCGGACUUCUCCGACCUGCUUCCUGCGGGCAAUGACCUUGUAUGUAAUUGGGUAGAAGCCUUGCGCAAGGAAUCUGCCUGGCUUUGCACUCAUUUUAUUGAACCGGAAAAGUUUCAAACACCGCACUUCGAAGGGUCACCGCCAUUUUUCGAAAUUGGUGUUCUAGAAGCCUCCAACCACGUCAAAAAUGUUUAUAUAGAAUCCAAGCUGUUUUGCCUGUCGGAGAAAUUGUAAGGCAUGCCGUGUAGCUGUCACAAAUGCCUUGGGAUUCGAGGCUCCGGGGUCCAGCCCAGUAUGUCAGCACAUUGCUCUUGCCCACGUAUUAGAUGUAGCCGGGGCAUUCCGUUUGAUCUUGUCCAGCUCAUCGAUAUUAUCAAAAAUCGCAGGGGGACCCAAAUGGCGCUCCGGCUUGCACGUAUGAGCAAAUAUGGCCCUGGUCGGGUCAAUUCCCAGGCUCAGAACAAUCUCGAUCUCCGGCAGGGAAGCGCAAUCAAAUCCCAGCCCAAGGUCUGCCAGGUGUCGGAGAAGACGACGGUCUUGAUUGUAUUUCACAGCUAUCCCGCAAUACUGUAUACUCCGUACUACCUCAACUCGAGGAGUAUGGACUAGCCGUAGAAAGCAACGAUAUUGGGA